UUACACUAACCUAAACCAUUUCCAAUGAACCAACAUAUAAAUACACAAUAAUCAAUGUCAUUCACUAGGGUUUUGGAAUCGGCUUCGCGCAUCUACAAUGGGUAAGGGAACUGGAAGUUUCGGUAAGAGGAGGAACAAGACCCACACACUCUGUGUCAGGUGUGGCCGCCGCAGUUUCCAUCUCCAGAAGAGUAGAUGCUCCGCUUGUGCUUACCCAGCUGCUCGUGUUAGGAAAUAUAACUGGAGUGAAAAGGCAAUCCGUAGGAAGACUACUGGAACCGGUAGGAUGAGGUACUUGCGCAACGUUCCUCGCCGUUUCAAGAGUGGUUUCAGAGAGGGAACUGAAGCUGCACCUAGGAAGAAGGGAGCUGCAUCUGCUUAAGCAUUUUGACAAUUGUUGUUUUGUUUGGUACCAAGUUUAUUUAUAGAAUUAGUUUGUUGUUUUUGAUUGGGGCAAAGUUUUUUGAACUAUCGUUUCUACAGCCUCAUUGGUUUUGUCUUAUUGUCUAUUUACUGUGUACUUUCGUUAUAUUUCAAUAUGAUGAUGAUUAUAAAACUAUUUCAUUGCUGGAUCGGUUGUGUUA